AUGGCUUCUUACAUCCGUGAAAUGGCAGAUGCUGCUACGCAUGGGGCAACACGGAUUGCCAAGCGUAUCGCCAUCACACUCAAGCCGGAUAGCCCUGCCGGCCUGGUGGAAGCACUGACAGUAGAUCCCUGGGACAAGUCAGGAAAGUAUGGGCUGGGAUGGACAUACUUCGCAUUGGCUCUUGUGGGCGUGGUCUUAUUCAUGCGGUUUUGGCACUUCUGGCAAGACAAGAUCCGACAGGCCAUUUACAAACAGGAAGUAGAGGAGCAUUAUGCCGAAAUCUACAAUACCAAUCCCGAAUACGCUCACGCAAUGCAAACCGGACAAGCACAUCACUUCUUCCCCGACGCAGAAGGACUCGGGGAGAAACAGUUCAAACCAAAAGCUCAUUUUUCUUCAGUUGGCUUCGUCAACGAUACCCUAGCUCUCUUCCGCUGGGUUUUUUAUCGGCCCAUUCCUGAUUUCGUCUGGGGAAGCUACCGAGUCACGUUCUCCUCGUUGGCGGUUUUGACUUGUGUCUUCAUCGCUCUAGCUUUCGUAACCCUCUACUGCUUCCUCCAACAACCACUUUACUGGCAGAGCAUUCAGUUCGGCUCGCCACCUGUUGCCAUCCGAGCAGGCAUGAUUGCUGUCGCCCUGACCCCUUGGAUUAUCGUUACCAGCAUGAAGGCCAACGUCAUGUCGAUGCUCAUUGGUAUUGGGCCUGAGCGCCUCAAUGUCUUCCACCGAUGGGCGGGUUACCUCUGUCUCUUCCUUUCGUUGGUACACACCGUUCCUUUUUAUAUUCAGCCGGUGUGGGAUGAUGGCGGUAUGGAUGUAUUUUCAAGGCUCUUUGACGGUGGAAGUGGUGUCAUUUACGGUACAGGCAUUGCUUGCCUUGUGCCGUUGGUAUGGCUCUGCGUUGCCUCGCUCCCCUUUAUCCGGCGCAUCGCAUACGAGGUCUUUGUCUUGCUUCACGUCCCGGUAGGCAUGGUCUAUGUCGGUCUGCUGUUCUGGCACACGAAGAACUACCUUGCUUCUUGGGACUAUCUCUGGGCAACCAUUGCUAUUUGGGUCGCCUGCUACAUAUUCCGCUUGUUUAACCUGAACUGGACAAAACCGUGGAGAUUGAGCUUUAUGGUCGGCGAUGAGGCCGCCAUCACCCUACUUUCCGAGAACGCUAUCAAGAUUACCAUUCCUACUCAAAUGCGAUGGAAACCGGGGCAAUACGUUUACUUACGCAUGCCUGGCAUCUCAUUUUUCGACAAUCAUCCUUUUACCAUCGCCUCCCUCUGUAGCGAAGACUUUCCUUCAGAAUAUGGUGAGCAAUACCGCGACUGCAUGCUUGUGUUCAAGCCCUACGGCGGUUUUACUCGAAAGGUGCUCGACACCGCCAUUGAGAAAGGCCCGUUCCAUACUUACCGUGCUUUCCUGGAUGGACCUUACGGAGGCAUGCGAAGAGAUCUUGCCGCUUUUGACACCUGCAUUCUUAUCGCUGGUGGCAGCGGUAUCACCGCGCUGAUGUCUCAACUACUCAAUUUAAUCAAGCGAAUGCGUGAUGGAAAGGCAAUUACGAAGAAGGUAGUUGUAGUAUGGGCCUUAAAACGACUAGAGGCCAUGGACUGGUUUCGCGAAGAGCUCCGUAUUUGCCGCGAGUCCGCACCCCCUGAGAGUGUCACUUGCAAAUUCUUCGUCACUUCUGCAGUGCGCAACCGCGCCAUGAUGAUGGCUGCUGGCGAUCGAUCAGCGCCGCGAGCGUUGAGCCAUCUCUUUCAUGACAAGCUGGACGGCUUCGUGGCUGGCAUUGCAUCAAAACGCAACUCUGCUUUAAUCCAAUCGGUAGCACAAGGUGACCCUCAACGCGAACAAGAACUUCGCGCCGAACAAGAAGACAAAAUCACAGCCCUGCCACAGCAAAAAUACCUUCAACCUCACCAAUACCCUCCCCCACCACCAGGCCCGCCGCCGUCCGACCGAUUUUCCCCGCAAGAGGAAUCGCUUCGCCGCCUUGAGGGCCGCGACUACGACUACGGCGACCCUGACGCAAAGAACGACGGCGAUUUUCACUUCCCUCGCAUCAACUCGAAGAGUGAUCAGCCACACUUUAACUAUGCCCCACCGUCACCUCGCAAGGUUCCUGACAUAGACACGGAUGACUCUGACAUGCCCAUUCGACCGCCAGAACUCGCCCAUCUCCGCACUGUCAACCUGCCUAAUUCCAAUCAGCCUCGGCCAACAAGUACAUUUGGCCCGCCGUCCGGCUUUGAUUUCGGUUUCCCCGAGACGCCGACCGAGUUCCAGAAGAAUCUGAUGCGCUUUGCCUUCCCAGUUCCGCAUCAGAUUGACGGUGGCUGGAGUGUAGAGUAUGGCCGACCAGACCUCGGCUACAUGCUGAAGGAAUGGGCAACCGGAGGGCCCGAUGGGAGAGGAAUCCUCGGCAGGCGAACAGCUGUCUUUGUUUGCGGUCCGCCAGCAAUGAGGGUCGGUGUUGCAAACACCGUCGCCAGGCUACAGGCGGCGAUUUGGGGCGAUGACAUGCUGGAAGAAAUCUACUUACAUACCGAGAACUAUGCGCUGUGA